AUGCCAGCCCAUCGCCUGUUGUCACCAUCCCGGCUACGCAAACCUCGCUCAGUAGUAACCCCUCUACCAGCCACCGAAUUCAUGGCCGAUAUAGUACGCCCAGACCUCAGUGAAUCGCGAUUACAACCAUCAUACUCUAGUUAUCACCAAGACAUUUCCUAUGAAUACGAGGUCCUGGCUCAACCGCUACGAGUCUCCGGUAACAAUCUUCGUGCUCACAUGAACGGUGAACCCAGUAUGUCGAGUGCGUUCAGCUUGAUCGAGCAUCGACGUGGCCUACCGAUGGUGAAUCGGUUUGGCCACAGGUUGUAUCGGCCAUCGUAUGGUGGGAUACGGAACCCUCAUCGAUGUAAAAGGGAAGCGCCAGCGGAGAGUGAACCAGAACUUGUGUUUCCGACAGUUAAUGAAGGUACUACAGGUAGGUCAAGUUCUUGGGGGGUAAGCUCGUUUAUUAUAUCAAUGCGGGCUUGCGGGCGUAAGCCUUUUUUCUACAUUUUAGGCCUAUUUUAAUCAAAAAAAUUUCGAAAAUUAGCAAAAUACCCUAAUUUAAAACAAACAAUAGGCUGUUCAAAUCUGAGCCAUAUAUUCUUGGAAAUUUGCCUUGCGAAAUAGCUCAAAAUUUUUUGAACAACCCAAUAUUAUAGUGAACAACCCAAUAUUAUAGUAGGUCAAAGAAGAACCUAUACCUUCUCCCUAUACCCUGCCCUACUUUACCCUGCCUUAAUUUACCCUACCCUAAUUCACCCUGGGAGCGGGACUUUUCGGGGAAUGCAGUUUCGGGGAAUGCAUUUUCGGAGAAGACUUUUCGGGGAAAGACAUUUCGGUUAACGAUACUUAAUAAAGGCACAUGUGAUUCAGUCAGGGUUUAUUCCCCGAAAAGUUCAUUCCCCGAAGGGUACAUUCCCCGAAAAUGCAUUCCCCGAAGAGUCCAUCCCCCGAAAAGUCCAUUCCCCGAAAAGCCUUCCCCGAAAAUGCAUUCCCCGAAGAGUCCAUCCCCCGAAAAGUCCAUUCCCCGAAAAGCCUUCCCCGAAAAUGCAUUCCCCGAAACUGCAUUCCCCGAAAAGUCACUAACCCAUUCACCCUACUCUAUCUUACCCUACCUACUAUCUGUAACUUCAAAAAACAAGUUAAUCAAGAGCUAAACCAAUUUAAAAUCAACCUUUUUCAGAAGUCGAAUGCCGAAUCUGCUUCACAACUCCAGCGCCAGAAGCCAUCAAGUGCUUACAUUGCAAAAAGUGGGUGGCCUGUAAGAAGUGUGCUACACGGUGGAUUCUGAGCCGUGAGAAAGACGGAGCCUCACAAUCUUGUCCAUGGUGCCGUGGUGAUUGGAAGAAACUGGAGAAUAGUGUUGUAAAGAAUGUGCGUUAA